ACUGAAGCCGAGACAGAGCCAAGCCUCACCCCCAAUGUGAUGCUGAACACAGAGAGCAGCGAGGGAUAUGUGGUGAAGGUCAGGGGGCUGCCUUGGUCCUGCUCCACCGAGGAGGUGCAGAGAUUUUUCUCCGAUUGCAAGAUUCUGAAUGGGGCUUUGGGAAUCCGUUUCAUCUACACCAGGGAGGGCAGACCAAGUGGAGAAGCAUUUGCUGAACUUGAAUCAGAGGAGGAUGUGAAAUUGGCUCUGAAAAAAGACAGAGAAACAAUGGGACACAGAUAUGUUGAAGUUUUCAAGUCAAACAACGUUGAAAUGGAUUGGGUUCUGAAGCAUACUGGUCCCAACAGCCCUGAUACAGCUAAUGAUGGUUUUGUACGUCUUAGAGGACUUCCAUUUGGCUGUAGUAAAGAAGAAAUUGUACAGUUCUUUUCAGGGUUGGAAAUCGUGCCAAAUGGGAUAACAUUGCCGGUGGACUUCCAGGGGAGGAGUACGGGGGAGGCCUUCGUGCAGUUUGCUUCACAGGAAAUAGCUGAAAAGGCUCUAAAGAAACACAAGGAAAGAAUAGGGCACAGGUACAUUGAGAUCUUCAAGAGUAGUCGAGCAGAGGUGCGCACUCACUACGACCCUCCACGCAAGCUGCUGGCAAUGCAGAGACCUGGUCCUUACGACAGACCCGGUCUCACACGUGGAUAUAACAGUCUUGGUAGAGGAAGUAGCUUGGAAAGGAUGAGGCGUGGAGCCUACGGAGGAGGUUAUGGAGGUUAUGAUGACUACAAUGGGUAUAAUGAUGGCUAUGGUUUUGGUUCUGAUAGAUUUGGAAGAGACCUAGAAUGGACUCUCUUCUCUGCAGGGAUGUCGGACCACAGAUACGGCGACGGGGCGUCCACCUUCCAGAGCACGACUGGCCACUGCGUCCACAUGAGAGGUCUGCCCUACAGAGCUACGGAGAACGACAUCUAUAACUUCUUCUCACCUCUGAACCCCGUAAGAGUACACAUUGAAAUCGGACCAGACGGCAGAGUAACUGGAGAGGCAGACGUGGAGUUUGCUACUCACGAGGACGCAGUGGCUGCAAUGUCCAAAGACAAGGCGAAUAUGCCACAGUGCGCCUGCUCUUCAGGGGGGAGCAAACACAGAUACGUAGAACUCUUCUUGAAUUCUACAGCAGGAGGAAGUGGUGGUGCCUAUGGCAGUCAGAUGAUGGGCGCAAUGGGUAUGUGAAGCCAAUCCAGUUACGGUGGCCCAGCCAACCAGCAGCUGAGCGGGGGUUAUGGCGGUGGAUACGGCGGCCAGAGCAGCAUGAGUGGCUAUGACCCCGGGAGCCAGGGCGCCAUGAACAGCAGUUACUACAGCAGCGGGAACCGCGCGUCCAUGGGAGUGAACGGCAUGGGCGGCAUGUCCAACAUGUCCAACAUGAGUGGUGGCUGGGGAAUGUAACCGAGCGCUGACUUUUGGUCACAUCUUUUUUUAAAAAACAAAAAAACAAAAAACUAAGUUUAACAGUUUUGCAAUACGAGCUUGUGAUUUCUGCUUGACUGUCAGUGAACCCAAGAUUGUUCUUUUAAAAACCCUUCAGGUUCAGUAUUUUUUGAACAUACCGAAAUUGAACAUUCAUCUAGGAUGUAAUAACCAAGUUGAGUAAAAGACUAUAACUGUUAAACAACUUUGGGCGUUUCUCAAGUUAGUUUUGUUGUAGGAGUGUAUUUAAGCAGUAAUAAGCGUAUUUAGGUUAAAGCUGUUUGAAUUACGUUAAAUGUUGCUCUUAUACCAUAUUACAUCCAACACUGUUUUGAAUACAUGUGGAGGGAGAUGCUUUUUUUGUAAAGAACUGAUGAUAUAGGAGCUGUGUCUGAAAUUCAAAGUGAACAUUUGGCAUGUUAGUUCUAGUUUCUUUCUUUUAAUACCCUGUAAGGCAUGUUAAAGCUUCUUCUUUAUUUUGGUUUUUUUUUAAGUUAAUGGGGAAACAUGUCGAGACGCAAUACGGCUACUUUAGGAUUUGGGUCUUGGUGUUCGUAUACAAUUCUGAGGCCUUGAUUUAAUCUUUCAUUGUAUUGUGAUUUCCUUUUUAGGUGUAUUGCGCUAAGUGAAACUUGUUAAAUAAAUCUUCCUUUUAAAAACUGGAACUC